UAGAAAUACAAAUAAAUUUUAAUAUAAAAAUAUACUUGAAACCGAAAUAAAAAAAAUAUGGAUGUUGGAGAAUUAUUGCAAUAUCAGCCCAAAACCGGCUCAAAACGAAGAGUCCCAGAACAUUUUGAAAAACGAAAGAAAGUGAAGAAAGUAGCAGAAACAGAUACAGAACAAUAUCAGUUUAAAAAGAUAUUGAAAAAAGGACCAACUGCAUCAGAAGUUGAGAAGCCACCUCCUCAAGCAGUUGAACAAAAACAGGUGGACAUAAAAAAACUUGAUCUUAAGGGUCCCAUAACUGAAGAAGACAAAGAAAAACUGUUAGCUCUUGUCGAAGAUAAUGGUGAGGAUGAAAUAAUUGAUGAAUCUGCAAUUAAGAAGUACAUAUUGAGUUUUGAGAAAAAAGUUACGAAAAAUCAGGAAAUGCGAAUAAAGUUUCCAGACCAACCUCAAAAAUUUAUGGAAUCAGAGUUGGAAUUACAUGAAGAAAUACAAAAACUACAUGUUCUGGCGACAGUACCUGAAUACUACGAAAUCUUUGUCAAGUUCAAUGCUGCAGCAACUUGUUUAGGACUGUUAAACCACGAAAAUACAGAUAUAUCAAUCGGAAUCGUAGAUUUGUUACAAGAGCUUACAGAUAUGGACACACUUAGCGAAAGUGAAGAAGAAGCAAAUGUAUUAGUUGAUGCGUUGCUUAAUGGUCAGGUUACUAACUUACUGCUGCAAAACUUGCAAAGGUUAGAUGAAAGACAGAAAGAAGACGCAAACGCUGUCCAUAAUACCCUGGCGGUAAUAGAAAACUUAGCAGAAUUUCGUCCAGAAGUAUGUGUCACUGCGGGACAACAUGGCCUACUAACGUGGCUUCUCAAAAGAUUAAAGAGGCGUAUGUUCGAUAGCAACAAGUUAUAUGCCAGUGAAAUCAUCGCUAUCUUGCUGCAAAAUCAUGAAGAAAAUCGACAGCUUGUUGGUGAUUCAAAUGGAGUGGACAGUCUGUUGCAAGCUCUUGCUAGUUAUAAAGGACACAACCCGAACAAUCAAGAAGAGGUGGAGUACAUGGAGAAUUUGUUCAAUUGUCUUUGCUCGUGUUUGCUGUACGGGCCAAAUAAAGAGUUGUUUUUAAAAGGUGAAGGACUACAGUUGAUGAUCCUCAUGCUUAGAGAGAAAAAAAUGAGUCGAACAAGUGCGUUGAGGGUAUUAGCGUACGCAAUGACUGGUCCCGAUGGAGGAGAUAAUUGCAGCAAGUUUGUGGAAAUACUUGGCUUGAGAAGUGUGUUCCCUUUAUUCAUGAAACCACCAAAAAGAAAUAAAAAAUCAGGGAACAGCAAAGAAGAAUGUGAAGAGCAUGCUUGUUCCAUCAUAUCUUCGCUGUUUCGACAUUUAUCAGGAAAUAACAGAACUCGCUUGGUGCAAAAGUUUGUUGAAGAUGAUCACGUGAAAGUUGAUCGAUUAAUGGAGUUAUAUUUCAAGUACCAACGUCGUGUUCAAGACGCAGAUGCUAGAAUAGAGCGCGAAAGGGAUGAUUUGGAAGAACAAGGCGAAGCCAUUGAUGAAGCGAUGGAAGACGAGUUUUAUUUGAAACGUCUUGAUGCUGGUUUGUUUAUACUGCAGUUGCUUGUCUGUACCAUGUUAGAAGCUUGUUGUUCAGGUGUUGCCUCGAUCAAACAGCGUUUACUUACUUUGCUCAGCCAACAUGGCGGAUCAAUGAAACAGAUCAAACAAGUGAUGAGAGAAUACGCCGGCCAUAUUGGUGACUCUUCCACAUCAGAGAGCGCGGAAAUUGAAAGACGUCGUUUAUUGUCACUAGUGGACCGUUUUUAAUUGACUUCAAUAUCCGCAGAAAGAACUUUAUUUGGAGGGAUUUUUGUUUUUGUAAAUACUUUUUCAAAACAACAGGAAUACAA